AUGUAUGUGAAAUGGGUUGAAACAGCAAUGUUUUACUAUGUAAAAUCGUUUUGAAAAAAAUGACAUUUUUUUUAAAUUUUCAAAUUUCCCGCCGACGUCACAGGGACCGGAACACAGGAGUCGGAUGCCGGCAUCAGCCGGAGGAGAUGGCCGGGGAUGCUGCAGGGGACACAUCAUGGGAGCGCAGGACAAGGUAAGUGCUGCAGGGACUCCCUAUGCAGCGCCGCAUGGUAAGCCUGAGUGUAGCUCGGGGUUACCGCUUUUGCUACACUCGGGAAUACCGUUGGGGAGGUUA